CCCUGCCCCAUCCUCGGAUCCUCCACCUCCGGUCCCUCCCCUCCCCCUCAAAUUUGGCCAUGAAAAUGAGCGGCCGCGCCUCGUCGGGCCAUUCAGCCUCGGAGAAUGGCAGUAGUGGGGCUAAGAUACGCAUUCGUGAUCACAUGGAUGAGAUCCUGGAGGCCAGAGGCUACUACCGUAAACACGUGGCCUUUGAGAGCGACGCCUUAUUGCGCUCAGUGUCAGAUGUCAUGUUUCUGUCGCAAAGUAGACGCUUCGUAUUGGAGAGAGCCCUGGCCGUGUUUCAAGAUACCCCCAAGGGACGACACAUUAGGCAACGCCUGCAGAAUGAUCAAGGCUAUGAUGAACCCCAUCUGCAGGUGCACUUGCUAGCCAAUCUCUUAAAUGUUGUCAUUGAAAUACUGGAGUCCGCCAAUCCCUCCAUCACCACGCUUCGGAUCGAGCCUGAUAUGGCCUUGACCGAUCUAAACCAACGCUACGAACUCAUGCCUUGUGAAGACCAGCAUGUCAAACCCCUAGUUCAACCCGAUAUGUCCCUCUCAAUCGUUCCUUUGGACCCCAAGGCCACACGGCGAGCUUCUUCUUGCGCGGGACGGAACAUCUUGCUGUGUUUCAAUGCCCCCGCUCAAUAUGACCCCAUUUAUCGCAAGCAAACCAUCGACGCAGCGGGAAUGAUCCAAUCUUUGCUCUACGAGUUGCUUUACAAAGACGUAUUCAAGAUGAAAGAUGCCUUUGAAGCGGCUGAGGUAAUGCUUUAUGCCAGAUUUGAUCCUCGCUUUGGCAAACCCGAGGUCUACAAUAAGGAGUUCGGUGGAACUGCCAUGCAAGCUUUGGAUCAGUUCCUAAUUCCCUUCCCUUACAAAGUGGCCAAAGCCCUGGACCCCACAGCCUAUAGGAACAUCGAGUACGACGUCUGGUCCUGUGAGAAACGUCCAUUGAAAAAUAUGUCCCCGGCGAAAGGUUCCAAUCCAUCCCCACACCCUGGUUCGAACAAUCAGGGUUCUAAUCUUGGAACCCUGAGUCCGGGAACUCCCUGUGUGAUUCGAGACCAACAUUUAGGCGAAAUAUAUGGUCGCGUAGUCAGGCCGUGCAUGGAUCGAAGGAAGAUCGAGGUCUUUCUUCCUUCGCACGGCUUACCCAUCUUUGUCCCACGUAAGAUGGUCAUGCCCAUUAAAGAGUUCCCCCCGGAACUUGUGUCAUUGUGGGAGGACGCCAAAAUGCUGUUUCGGGACGAAAACGACAACGAUUGCCGCAUUGGCGAUAACCCCGAGAUAUAUCCAUAUCAUACCUCUCUCAUGGCGACCGCACCAGCACCCCCGAAGAGCCAAGAUAUCCAAUCGUUGAACAUCCAGCUGACGGCCUCUCAGGACCCGAAAUGGAUGGAGAAAUUCGACUUCACCGUCCCUCCACCCCAUUUCAAGCAUGUCAGGCCGCCCCUGGAUCCCAUCUCCCAACAGCGCGUGGUGGCUGAAUUGGCUGCCGCCCAGAGGAGCAAACAACAAGAGGGUCAGACUCAUUUCGAGACCCAGUCCCACUAUGAGGCCUCCCUCACCCCUCACCCAUCCGAUUGCUGCUCGUGGCUCUCGGGGGGCACCCCUUCCAGUCCGUUGCCUCAAGGAGGGUACGUGGGAAUGGACCCACCUCACCCUGAUCCUGCCGUCUUGUUGUCCGUGGACCAGAAUGGCAAUUACAGCUCUUGCGGAUCCACCAGUCCUUUGCCACCGGUGCAAUCGCAGCCGCACCAAUACCAGACCAACCUGGUCGCCCCCACCGACCCAACUUUUGUCCUAUCUAACCCCAUGUUCCAUUAUGGUGUACCUGUGUACUCGCCUUUGCCGUAUGACGUGUACAACAUGGCAGGCACGCCUCAAUUCCCGUUCACCCCCCUGAACACGCCACAAUUGCCCAUGACUCCGCUUACCGGGGGGACCAUGUUCCAAUUUCCGUCCAGUCCAUUGCCUGUUCCGUCGAGCACGCCCAAUCCGAUGUUCAUGGAUUUCCAUGGGGAUGGCAGGAGCGUGUUCGUGUUCCCCCAAGUUAAAUAUCCGUGCAGUAGCCCCCGUUGUGACUAGUCAGCCUGAUCUGACAUGAUAACUCGUAGACUCGUUCCCAUUUUUAGUGCCCUCAAUUUUACUUGCCAAAAGGAAAUUAGGAACACGCAUACUCAAACCCCUUGAUAUGUAAACAUAAUAUUGAUAAUCAUAAUCAACUAGAGAACUGCAUCGCUACUCACUAACCAUUAGCUCGCUCUUUGUAUGUGCGCAUCUGUGUCCUUGCCAUGCAACAACCAACGCCUUUGUGACAUUUUGUAUCCCCCUCAUAGUUGUAGUCUCGAUCAAGUACAGCAUUAUAUACUUAAUGAUUUUCAAACCGUG